AUGGCUUCGCAAGCGAUACCAAACGAGCCUCCGAGUCAUAUCCGAAUCCUCACAUUGAACUGUUGGGGUCUGAAAUAUAUCUCAACCUAUCGCCAUGAACGUCUAGCUGAGAUCGGUCGACAACUAGCUCUAGCUAGCCCACCGCCAGAGAUAGUUGGUCUCCAGGAGUGCUGGACGCAACAGGAUUAUGAGUCGAUUCGAGACCAAACACGUCACAUUUUACCAUAUGGCAAAUUCUAUUUUGGAGGCAUUUUCGGUGCGGGGCUGGCGAUUCUGUCGAAGUGGCCGAUUGAGGAGAGCAGCAUGUACGCAUACCCGCUAAAUGGGCGACCUACCGCUUUCUUCCGUGGCGACUGGUUCGUGGGUAAGGGAGUUGCUUGCGCGCGGGUACGUUUUGGACCUGGUAUAGCAGAUGUUGCCGAGGUGUUUUGUACACAUCUGCACGCCCCUUAUGAGCGCGAACCAAAUGACUCGUAUCUGUGUCAUCGCACAGCACAAGCAUGGGAAAUCUCCAGGCUUAUGCGCGGCGCUGCGGAACGAGGACAUUUGGUUAUAGGUCUGGGUGAUUUCAACAUGCUCCCCUCCUCUUUCGCCCAUCGAUUGAUCAGCGCCCAAAGCCCUGUCCGUGAUGUCUGGCGUGUGCUGCAUCCCGACUCCUCUCUUGCUGCCGCAAUCAAUCCCAUUGAACAAGCUAGGAAUCUUCCGAUCCCUUCUGCUGAGUUUAACUUGGUUGAAAACGGUGCCACUUGUGAUGGUGCUUUCAAUACUUGGCGCUGGUCAAAAACUCUUCAGAAAAGACUGGACAAGGGUGAAGAGAUCACUAUUGACAAGGACGGGCCUGAUCCUCGCGCAAAGCGUCUUGAUUAUAUCUUUGUUGGCGAUGGUGGUUAUGCUCCUGAGUUCCCUCCCCCACGUUGGUCUGUUGAAUCGGCACAAGUGAGCAUGACUCAACGUCAUCCUACCCUCCGUUGCUCGCUGAGCGACCAUUUUGCUGUCGAGGCGGUGAUUACCCGUUCGCCUACUGCUGCAACAGUCUCCGAAGAUCAACUCGAGGAAACACAAUCUUCAUCCAAACCAAUAUAUCCAAAUGCCGCCCUCUCUUUGGAAACGUACGAUGAAAUUUUCGAAAUGAUCCGUGUAUAUGUUCUCCGUGAGCGGUCGCAGCGCCGCUGGCGUCUUGCUCAUUUUGUACUGUCUCUGAUUGUUUCGAUUGGAUGCAUGGUGGGCGUUUGGUGGGUCGGCAGUCGAACAUAUAUCGGCUUCAUCCUCAUUUUGCUCAGCACACUGAACUUUGGAGCUGGAAUUUUGGAUGGUCUUAUUGGAGGAUUGUUUGUGUCGGGUGAGUUGCGUGCUCUCAAGGAGUUUGAGUGGGAGGUUCGCAAUGCGAAGGAUUUAGCCACUGCAGCUCAAAAGCGAGUGCCUGGAUCAAAUGCCAGAGUUUCGGAGGAGGACAAAACCGGGUGA